AUGUCUUCCGCCAUGAAGGAGCAGAUCUCGGCGCUUGCUGCACGCAAGGCGACCGUGCAGACCCACCCUGGCCAGCAGAAUGCGCUCGUGCCAGCGGCCAAGCUCGCCAAGAACAAGCGUCUCCCCGCUACCAUGAUCACCCCGGCGGGCAAGAUCGAGGUGUCCAAGAAGAUCAAGUCGAACGGCGACAGCUCGAAGAAGAAGAAGCGUUCCGAGGCCGGCAAGGAGAAGGCUCUCGAGCGCAUGGAGCGCCUCCAGGUCAAGGUCCAGCACAGCGAGGACAAGAAGGCCAAGAGGAAACGCGCCAAGCUCGCCUGGGAGUAG